GUGAAAUCAAUAAGCAUUUUACCAUGGGUUGGUCGACUUUAAAUUUCAAUCUAUAUAUAUAUACGUGGCUACUCUAACACAUGGAUGUCUAAUUCAAUAGUGUAAAAAUGUUUUCUUUGUCAAGAAAGCCGACUCAGAGAUUCAACAAUGCUAGAAGCAAACACGUGAAACAGUCUAGAAAAGGUUUAAAAAUAUUUCUGUUUUUAACGAUAAUUGGCGCUGCUGUAUUAUCAUAUGUAUGGAGAGACGAUAUGCGAUGGAGUUACCAAAGUACGAUUGCUGGAUAUGGCUCGGAAUAUAACGUAACCAAAUCAUUCACGGCUAAAUAUUUAACCGAGGUUUUUGAAUUAAAUCUAAUGAAGAGUGAGGAAGAUGAGCGGCGGCAUAAAGAAGGUUUUAAGGUCCACUCGUUUAAUCAGUACGUGAGUGACAAACUGGAUACAAAUCGUACUUUACCUGAUAGCAGAAACGUUUUGUGUAAAUCUCGGAACUAUGGGGAUAAGCUACCAACUGUUAGUGUAGUUAUAUGUUUUAUUAACGAAGCCUUUUCAGCUUUAAUAAGAACUGUUCAUUCUAUUGUAAAUAGAACACCUUCCCAUUUAUUAACUGAAAUUAUUCUUGUAGAUGACAACAGUCAGCUGGAUGAGCUCAAGUCGCUAGAGACUUACAUCAAAGCUAAUUUUAAAAAUGUAAUUUUACUGAGGAAUGAAGAAAGAAUUGGGUUGAUUCAGUCUAGGAACCGUGGAUCCAGGCAGGCCAAGGGCGAGGUGCUGGUGUUUUUAGACAGUCAUUGUGAAGUUAAUAUAGGAUGGGUGGAACCAUUAGUAUCAAGAAUAUCAGAAAAUAGAACAACAGUUGUCUCCCCUGUUAUAGACGUCAUUAAACCAGAAACUAUGGUUUAUGAUCCAAGCCUGCUAUUUACUGUUGGUUUCUCGUGGACGCUACAGUUCAGAUGGGAGGCAGUACCUUACAAACUGGAAAGUAACGAUACAGCCAAGUCUUUCCCAUUCAGAUCUCCAGUUACCGCCGGUGGUUUGUUUGCAAUCGACAGAAAAUAUUUCCAGGAACUAGGAGAAUAUGAUCCUGAAUUACAAAUUUGGGGAUCUGAUAAUGUUGAAAUAUCUUUCAAGGUGUGGCAAUGUGGCGGUCAAAUAGAAAUAGUUCCCUGUUCUCGAGUCGGCCAUAUUUACAGAUCACCGAGACCAAAUGCUGGAACGAAUCAUGACUAUUACUUUAGAAACAUGGCCCGGGUAGCUAAUGUCUGGAUGGACAAAUAUUCGGAAGUAUAUUUCACCUACACUAAAGAUUCUAGACAUUUUAAUAUAGGCGAUAUAUCAGAUCGUGUAGCUUUACGAAAGAAAUUAGGAUGUAAAAGUUUUAAAUGGUAUUUAGAUAAUAUUUAUCCUGAACAGGUUCUACCCAGCGACCCGAAGUUUAACGCAAGAAACGAAGAAAUUAAUUCAAGGAGAAUUCAAUCAGUAAGAAGACAAAACAUACCUCUUAGUGUCAGAAUUGGAAAGAUAUAUCAUCCUGAAUCAGGGUAUUGUUUGGCAACUCUGCAGAUUGCGGGUAAAUCCGUUGUUAGAUUGGAGUCAUGUUCACAACAAGGUUUAGUGAUUUGGAGUGAGACCAACAAAAACGAUCUCCGUUCAAAAGACUUUUGCUUAGAAAUCAGUGAUAAAAACGAUGCCUCGAAACUUUCCGGUUGUACACUGGUAGACAAACAAAAGUUUAUCUGGCGACAACAGAAUAACACAGUUCAGCUGUAUAAUCCAGGAAGUGGAAAAUGUCUUCAACCAAUCCUUAACCAGGACAAGUCCAUGUUAAAUCUACAGUUCUGUGCCGAUAAACCGGAUAUGAAUUUUAAAAUGAUAAAAUCAUGAGAGCAAAUGUAUUAUUUCAUAAUAAUGACUUUACUUACACAUAUACUGAGCCCCAUGGAAAACGCAUCACUUAGUUUUUCGUAUAACAAAAUGAUCCUGUAAACAUAUCUUAUUUAUUUUGCUUCUUAUUGUGAACAAUAUUCAAAUGGGAACACAUCAAUAACGACACAUUUGUACCCUUAUGGAUGUUUAAUUUGUAAUCAACGGUACAAAGUCAGAGGGGUCAAAACCAAAAGUACGACACAGAUGUCGGUAGCGCGUGUGUCCUCCACGGGCUCUUACGCACGCUGUGCAGCGACGUCGCAUGGAAUUUACCAAUGUUUGAAAGAAGGCCUGGGGCAAAUUGUUCCAUUCUUGGACAAGAGCAGCUUCUAAAGCAGCAACGCUGUGGUCUCCGAUACAGACGGCGUCCAAUCUCAUCCCAGACAUGUUCUAUCGGUGCCAUGUCCGGAGACAUGACUGGCCAGUCCAAGACAUUGAUGUUGUUAGCAGCCAGGUAGUCCAUACGGUGAUGAAAUGUGAAGCCUCCCCACACCAUUACACUUCCCCCACCCCAUCGAUUCGUUUCGAAGACGCAGCAGUCUGCAAGACGUUCCCAAAGACGUCUCCACACACAUUGACGGCCAUCAGCGUGAUAAAGAUGAAAGCGACUCUCAUCACUGAAGAGCAUCCUUACUGGUCCUUGUCUUCCGACGACUGCUUCACCUGUUCGAGUCGUUGGGCGGAAUCUGUCACGCAGAUGAGUGACCCGGAUAUAGCGGUCUUGAGCCUGGGUUCUAACGCGUUGUGGACCAGGACGUUGACGGUCACGGUCACGUGUUGAUCCAGUAACUCGAACACGUUCCACCAACCUUACAAUAGUGGACUGAUUGAUGACAAUUGAAGUGUCUGGCAAAACACGUGUAGACAUGCCAGCCCUGGACAUUCCCAUGGCUUCAUUCCGUUGAUUUUCAGUAAGUCUCGGCAUCUCUAGCUCGAUUCCUUCACACGUCCAACAACAAAUUACGACAGAUUGACGUUUCACAGUUCAUGUACUGCACAUUAAGUUGAAAACAUGCUUUUAAAGGGCUGACACACAAUUCUGCACGUGAAUAUUGCACGUGAAUAUUGGGUUUUUCAUGUGCAUCUCGUGCAAAUUUCUUUUUGCACACGGGCCGAUAUUUUUUGCUUUUGGAAGCAUUGUGUGAAACAAUAGUUCAUUGUAUUGCAUAAUAUUAUACAUACAAAACCACCUAGUAAUAAAAUAUUUGGGAAAAAAAAGUGAUGCGUUUUCCAUGGCGCUCAGUAUAUAAGCUAAAUAGAAUAUUAGAAUCAACGUUUCAGUUAUUAAUGUGACGUGUUAUCGCCAAUUUUGUAAAUACUUAGAAAAUCAUAAAAAAAAAACCCCAUUGAAAUCUUUGUUUUGUUUAUGAGAUACACUACACCCCCCCCCCCUCCGAUUCAUUCAGAUGAUUUGAUAUAUACGUUUGUUAUUGCUUGCAGUGUCUAUGUACAUGUAGUUUGCUUGGUAUUGUCGGCUUUGUGUGUGUUUGUUUGUGUUCCUCUUGCACUUACUAUUGAGAAUUAUCCUGGUUUUUUUAAACUAUCCGAUGCUUUGUGGUAUUCUAUUAAAAUAUGAAAUGAAAUGAAAAGGGAGAUUAAAAUCAGAAACCAUUGAGUCGGUCAGAAAACUAAUAAAAUGUCGAUAUGGCCUCUAAGGUUUAGUAAGAAAGUAUUAAAGAGAAAAAUGGUUCUAAAAGCAAAUAUUGAUGUAAUAUGAAAGUAUGUAAAGUGAUUUAUAUUCAAUUUUUAAAAAUAUUUUCUAAUCAAUUCGGUGAAAUACGUUAACAGUUCAAAUUGAACGGCAGUCGUUUACGCCUUCUUAGUGCAUUCUACACGUUUGUUUUGUUGGGGUUUUUUUCAAUUAUUAUUUUGUCUUUUGUAAAUCGGCAUUUACUAAUUACUUCUACUUUGUGAUGUGGGAUAUGUUUUUAUUUGUUCAUUACAAAAUGGCACCCGAAACCAUAGGGUACGCGACUCGUGUGCUGAUUAUAAAAUGUUGUGUCUUAAAUAAUGGAUAUUAGGGUCCUACAGUUUCAUAAGUUAACAACAUCAGUAUUGAUUGAAAUUGAUCAAUAUUGAAUUCUAAUUCGUAUUUCUAAUUUCGAAUAUUAUGGAAAAUAUUGAGCUAGAUACUUAGCUCCUUUAACAGGUGGACCAACGGACCGGGUGACGACAUUUAAUUAGGUGCUCAAGUGCCAAAAGUAUUAUUAUUUAUUAUUAUUACAGCAUAUUUAUAGUGCACCCUUUCAUAUAACAUGUUCAGGGGCACUUUACAAAGUGACAAUGUAAAUGACACAUAAACAACAAGAUUAUGGGCAUGUUAACGAUUGUAUACAGAGUCAGUUAAAAGCCUGAUUAAAUAAAUGUGUUUUAAGUUGUUUUUUAAAAGAAUAUAGAGAUGUACAACAUCUUAAACUAAAUGGUAGAUUAUUCCAUAAAACAGGUGCUUGAUAACUAAAAGAGCGCUGACCAUAAGAGACUAGUUGAACAGUUUUGGGCUUUAAAAGUAGUUUAUCUGAUGUACGUAAUGUUCGGCCAGGUGUAUAAAGUUCUAAAAGAUCUGAGAGGUAAACAGGAGCUAAAUUAUUUAAACAUUUAAAAGUAAGUAAUAAAAUCUUAAAAUCAAUUCGAUAUUUAACAGGUAACCAGUGUAAAUUAUAUAAAACAGGAGUUAUGUGGUCACAUUUCUUAGUUAAAGUAACAAGUCUAGCCGCAGUAUUCUGUACUUUUUGUAAUUUAUCUAUAAACCAACUAAAAGUGAAUUAAAGUUAUCUAAUCGAGAAGUGACCAGAGAAUUAAAAAGUGACUUAGUGGCCUCUACAGUUACACAUUUACGUAUUUUACCUAUAUUUCUAAUAUUAAAAUAGCACAAUUUACAAAUAUUAUUUACUUGAGCUCCCAUAAGCAAAAAACUAUCAAAGAUAGCGCCAAUAUUAUGAGCAGAAUAAGAUGAAAAUAUAUCACAAUUACCAAUUACAACAAAGGGGUUAUCUUGUGCAGAUUUACUUAAUUGAUGCCUUGAGCCUAAUAACAAAUAUUCGGUUUUAUCAUCAUUCAAUUUUAGAAAGUUCUUUGACAUCCAUUUUCUAAUUUCACUAAUACAGUUCUCAAGUUGCAAUUUUGAUAAAUUGAAAGAAGAUGGACAAUUAGGUGUAAAUGGGCCUUUAUCUGAGAAGCAAUACAUUUCUCCAAUAUUUUAGAAAUAAAACUUAUUACUUUA